AUGCCCGUCAAAUGGGUUUUGCAUUGGCAACCAAAUCAAGGAUCAACAGUUAGCAGCCAAAUCCUGAACGAAGCUGCACAGUGCGUAGAGAGCAUCAAUGGCGUCAAAGAAGGAAGAUGGAAAGCCACUCUCAACUAUUACAGACCCAUUUUACGAGAUCAAACGAAUCAAUCGGAGCUACCGCGUGAUUUUCUAGGGAUUUCGCUAGCGGAUGAGCCGAGCAAGUACUAUUUCAUCAUCAGGUCGCAGAGGAUUGUGGUGGAAGCAGAUUCGUCGAUUCAAUUGAUUAUGGAGAAGCUUCAGUCUUACAAGUCCAAAGUCGCGCUCUUCUUUGAAGGCUUUCAGUACCAACUCGGUGAUUUUAGACUCAGAGCUGGUAAAGUUGUUCCUACUCAUUCCGAGAAUGUUAGAGGCAUCGUCAUGGAGGUGGAGUAUCUGCCAAUAUCCUCAAUGGAAAAGGCAAGAAAAGUGAUGGAGGAGUUCAUGGAGAUAUGGCAUGAAGCUAUGUCCAAAAGGUCGUUGCCUGGUAAGUUCGGCAACAUUGAACUCAACUUUGCCGAGUUUGGACUUGCAGACACAUACACUCCACAGCACACCGCUGUUCGAUAUGCUCAUGUCAUGGCUCACAUGAUUGCAACGGUGCAAGCUGUGAGAGGCUAG